CUGAAGGAGUACCAUGAAACUACAUGUCACUCCCAAAAUGUAAGGGUAACCUCUUAUUUCUUCAUCUACCUCUCAAGAGCAUAGAGAGCACUCGUAUCCUCCUUCUUUUCUCACCCUCUUUCUCAUCAAGCCAAAAAUUAAACAUAAUUAAGAAAUAAGUUUUGUAGUUUUUACCCUUCCUUCAAUUAUUGCUCCUGAAUUCAUAGAUGGCAUCUACAAUUUCUGAAAACCAGACAUUGAUAUGCCAAGACCCGCACAGCUUUGGUCACUUGCCUAUCUGGGCAUCAGGCAACCCCCUAGAGUCCCCCACUUCUCUUUUCUUUUUGCAAGUCUCUUUGAUUACUGUCAUCACACAAUUCUUCCAUGUUUGCCUCCGGCCACUAGGACAACCCACUGUUGUAUCCCAGCUUCUAGGUGGAUUGGUACUUGGCCCCUCUGUUUUGGGGGACAGUAAAACGUUGUUGGUGAGAACCUUGUUCCCUAUAAGAAGCUUUGUGGUGCUUGAGACAGCUGCAUCAUUCAGCAUCCUCAUCUUCUACUUCGUCAUGAGCGCGAAGAUGGAUCCUUUCACGCUGCUGAAAACUGAAAAGAAAGCUGUAACGGUUGGUCUUUCCGUGUUCUUUUUAACGGCCGGAAUCCCCACUGCGAUGACCUUAGUGUUGAUAAAAAUUGUUCCCAUGGAGGAGGACUUCAUAAAAGGCCUCAUGAUGAUAACCCUCUCGCAAUCCUUCACCGUGGUCAUCAGCAUAGCAGUCAUCGUGACGGAGCUGAAGAUCCUCAACUCUGACAUUGGCCGUCUCGCAUUGUCCGCAGCAAUGUUUGCUGAUGUUGUUGGGUUUGGAUUGGCAAUUGUUAUGGUUGCGUUCACUCAGGACGUGCAUGGUAGUGUACUGGCACGCAUAUGGAUCCUUCUAUCCAUAGUCGCGCUCAUGGUUCUCAUUUUCUAUGUGAUCCGGCCGGGGACGAUAUGGAUGAUAAAGCACUUGAAUGGCAAGCCCAUUGAUGAAAUUCAUCUAGUCUGUAUCAUUCUUUCUGCUCUCGUCAUUGGAUUUUUAAGUGAUUUUAUUGGGCAACAUUUUCCUAUGGGAGCGAUUAUUUUAGGCCUGGCUGUUCCAGCAGGGCCACCUUUAGGAUCAGCUUUGACAAAUAGAUUGGAGACGUUUACAGGGACAUUUUUGUAUCCAGUUUAUCUAGCUGUUUGCGGACUGAAAACUGAUAUCUUCAAAAUCAGUUCCCAAUCUGUUUGGAUUGUCACUCUCAUAGUGGUUGUUGCUUUCUUUGUCAAGAUUGGUGCUGUGAUGCUACCGGGAUAUUAUACCAAAGUUCCCAUGAAAAAUUGCUUCAUCAUUGGGCUCAUUCUAAAUGGAAGGGGCAUAGGGGAAAUUACCCUGUACAAUGUGUGGAGGGAAAGCAAGAUGCUAACGGAUGAAGAAUUCUCUUUGAUGGUGAUCUCCAUUAUAGUGGUAAACGCCAUCAUAGCGCCGCUCAUAAAAAUCCUGUAUGACCCUACAAUUCAAUACAAUACUGGAAAAAGAUGCACGGUUCAACACAACAAGCGAGAUUCCGAUCUCCGAGUCAUGGUGUGUGUUUACGGGAAUGAAAAUAUCCCCACAAUGUUGAACAUCAUAGAAGCUUCCUAUGCAAGCAUGGAGAGCACAGUAACUGCCACAGCACUGGUCCUAGUGGAGCUUAUCGGAAGAGCAAGGCCUAUUCUCGUUGCUCACCAACCGCACCGGAGGCUUAGGCAAACCCCGUGCAUGUCAACUCAACUUGAUAACACACUAAGGCAGUACGCGCAGCUGAACGAAGGCUGCGCGUUCAUUCAGUCUUUCACAUCCAUCUCUGACCUCGAAACCAUAAGCGACGAUGCUUGUAGAAUCUCGCUCGACGCGCAGGCCAACAUCUUGAUCAUGCCGUUCCACAAGAGGUGGGAGAUAGACGGCACGGUCCAAGUGACCAACAGGAAAGUCCGAAUCAUGAACCUAAAAGUCCUCGAGCGGGCGCCUUGCUCGGUCGGGAUACUCAUCGACCGAGGAACCCUAAACGGUUCCCAGUCACUAAUGAUCGCCAGAGCCACGUUCUACGUCGCCGUGUUCUUCAUCGGGGGAUGCGACGACGCAGAGGCUCUGGCGUAUGCUAGUAGGAUGUCGCGACACGAGUGCGUGAGCGUGACGGUGGUGAGGUUCCUCGUGUUUGGAGAAGAGAAUUCCAAAGAACGAAGACGUGAUAGUGAUCUUGUGGAUGAGUAUAGGUAUUACAAUUCCGGCAACCAGAGCUUUGAGAUUAUUGAUGAGGUGGUGAAAGAUGGGAUUGAGAUGUCUUCGUGUAUUAGGAGGUCGAUUGACUAUUUUGACCUUGUGAUGGUGGGGAGGGAGCACCCACAGACACCAUCAGUGUUGCUUAAAGGGCAUGAGAAGUGGAGUGAGUGUCCAGAGUUAGGGACAAUUGGGGACAUGCUAGCGUCGCCGGAUUUUGUGACGAAGGCUUCGAUACUGGUGGUGCAGCAACAAAGAAUAGGAGGGAGGUUUGGGAAACAUACGCUGAAUUUUAUGGGGCCGAAUUAUAGAGAUCAGUUGGUUCAUGAUGUUCCCAUUGAUGAGACACCAAGAGGAUCAUGUGUUAUUUCAAUGGAUAGAUAUUAGAGAGUGUAAAUUCUUGUAUAAUGUUAGUUUUUUUUAGAAGUGUAUUUUAUUAGA